AUGUACAACGGUUCCAGCACUUCUACGGGAGCGAUAAACAUACCAAAGUGCGAUCGGCGAACAAGUGUCUGCGAUGAGAGUCCUGAGAAUGGUGAUUCGAUUGUUACCAAAGUGGAUAGUGGAGGAGCGAACAGAGUGCCGCAGCAACGCACUGGUGGCAGAGUUGUGACUACUGAAGAGGAUGUUUGUAGUUCGCAGUCGUCUAGUUCGCCAAGAAGAAAUCUUGUGGGGUUUUCUGUGCCACAACCACCUACGAUGUUAUCAUCAAUACGUCAUUACAGGAGUGAAGAUGAAGAUGAAGACGAUAGUGAGCAUAUAAUAGAUUCGGAUGACUCAUCAUGGGUACGACCUUAUGAUCAUGGUACAACAAGAACUGAACCGAUCAUGCCGGUAAGUCGGGAUAAACCAAGCGAAGAAGUACUAGACAUCGCCACAUUCCCUACGGAGAAAUUAUUGGAGAUGUUGACUGCGUUGUUGGAUAAGAUCAUUAAGUCGAAUGACAGAUUGGCAAGUAGUAAUCCAACGUUAAAUCAAGAGAGAGAGUUAAUGAAUAACAAUAACGUUUAUUUAAACUCAGUACUGAGUUUUAGGGGGAAACAUAUUCCACAGAUAAGUCUUGAGCACUAUUUCCAAAGGAUUCAGAAGUAUUGCCCCACGACAAACGACGUAUUUUUGUCGCUACUGGUUUAUUUCGAUAGAAUCUCGAAGAGAUGUAACAGUAAUAAUAAUGAUACUACUAACGAUAAUGAUCUUCAAUAUGAUAUGCCGGCUAAGCAACAGCAGCAAACACAACAAACACAACAACAACAGGCAUUUGUUAUGGAUUCACAUAAUAUUCAUAGGUUGCUCAUUGCAGGGGUCACGGUGAGUACCAAAUUUUUCAGCGAUUUUUUUUACAGCAAUUCCAGGUAUGCUAGAGUCGGAGGUAUAUCAUUACAGGAAUUGAAUCACUUGGAGUUACAGUUUCUUGUACUAUGCGAUUUUGAAUUAUUGAUUUCUGUGAACGAAUUACAAAGGUAUGCAGAUCUCCUAUAUAAAUUUUGGCACAACUCUGCCAUGGUGGAGACUGCAAGUCCCAGUGGGGAGACUUAA